AUGGUCGAUGCUGGCAGUCAUCAUCAUUCUGUGGGCCGUCGCCAUAUCAGUAAGGCGUGCACGCCAUGCCGCGAGAGCAAGAUCAAGUGCGAUGGAGGACGCCCUGUUUGUGGCGUGUGCAAGGCCAAGAGUCGAAAAUGCAAUUACGAUAUCGGCAUUGACAAGCGGAAGAUCUCAUUACGGAGAGCUGUUGAGCUAUAUUCACGCCGAGUUGCCCAGCUAGAAUCGUGCCUGCGUCGUGUGGGCAUUGCGGUACCAGAUCCUGCUCCUGAGGACAGUCGCAUGUUGCGUGACCUCUCACAGUCAUGGGGAGCCGAUACUAUUGAGAAGUCAGAAGCCACAGCCCAAGAUAUGAAUGGCCAAGAACAGCUCCAUGCCGUGGGCGACCGUUCUGUUCUUUCUGCCGUCUCUGAAACCGCUCCGAUUACAGGGAACCAAGCACAAGCACCCUCUGAUAUUGAGCCGGACCAAUUUCCGCUCAUCUUACCUGGUGGCGGUUCAGAAGUCCAGCUUGGGGAUUAUAUCCCUUCACCUUCAAACCAAUCACCCAACUUCCCUCAUAGCUUGAACAUGGACGCAGAUCUUGUCUGGUACAUGUCAACACUUCCGUCACUGUCCAUAGAUAUUGAUGAGUCUUUGUUCUCCGGCUCUCUACCAACCCUUUUACCUGAUGACAGUUCCACAGAAAGACUCAGCAACCUUACUUCCGACCCUUCAGCCGCCGACGAAGAUGGAUACGAUGACACUGACGAAGAGGAUGCAGCAGGAGUAACAUACCAAUUCUGCGACCGUCUAGGAACUCUACUACCUGCACCAAGUGGAGAAUGGAGAUUUUACGGAGCGACGUCCAAUUUGCAUCUCGUUCACGGUGAUCUCGGAUACAAACCACCAGGGACCAAACACACCUCGAACACGCCCCAAACGACCCUUGAACACGCUGGCGUCGGUCAGGUGGUCGAUGAUAAGCUCAUUAGUCACUUAAUCAACCUCUACUUCACAUGGCAAAAUCCAAGUCUUCAUGUCGUCGAUCGCGCAGCCUUUGAAGCAGCCCGCGAGAAGCGCCUGACCGAGCAAAUCGAAAACGGCUUUUAUUCGAAAUUUCUCGUCAACGCCAUAUGUGCCGUAGGUGCGGCCUUUGAGAGAGUCAAGCAUCCAGAGCUUCCGACCCCAUUGGCCGGGUUCUUUGCCAAACGUGCAAAGAGCCUGCUAGACUUUGAGCUGGACAAUCCUCGACUUAGUACUGUCCAGGCUUUGGCAAUUCUUAGUAUUCAUGAGGGAGCAGAGACUCAUGACACACGGGGAUGGCUCUACAGCGGGAUGGCCACGAGGCUUGCCUUUGAUUUGGGUCUCCAUGUAGAUCCCACGCCAUAUGUCUCAAGUGGAAAGAUGGCAAGCGAGGAAGCUCGAGUACGUAGUGUCACGUUCUGGGGAACGUUCGCAACAGAUCGUAUGUGGGGGUUUUAUCUAGGUCGACCGUUCCAUAACACACUAGAGAAUGUGACCGUGCGGCGUCCAUUCGAAGACACAUUGUGGGAACCCAACGCUCUUGAGACGGCCUGGACACCUUAUGGAACGCCAGCGAAAGACCACGAGACGUGGCCGAAUGCACAAGAGGCUGUUUCUGGUCGGUGGGUCGCGUUGUAUGAAAUCAUGUCCGAGCUUGGAUACAAGAUGUAA